AUGUAGGGAUGCUGCGGCUGCCAAGACAGAAACCUAAAUUAUAUGAGAUACUUUAUGCCAAAAUCAUACCUCCGGCCUUCUCUUCAGUCUUGCACAGGUGUACCGACUCCUCCCCUUCAGCUUGCACAGGUGUACCGGCUCCUCCCCUUCAGCUUGCACAGGCGUACCGGCUCCUCCCCUUCAGCCUUGCACAGGUGUAGCGGCUCCUCCCCUUCAGCCUUGCACAGGUGUAGCGGCUCCUCCCCUUCAGCCUUGCACAGGUGUAGCGGCUUCUCCCCUUCAGCCUUGCACAGGUGUAGCGGCUCCUCCCCUUCAGUCUUGCACAGGUGUAGUGGCUCCUCCCCUGGACUGAAACGGCUUCCUCUGAUUUCACUGCACACUGGGAGCUCCUCACAAUGUGUAUUAGAAGCUGCAGCAAGUAUGAUAGAGCUCCGCCUCCUUUCCUGGCUGGAGGCCCCGCCCCUUUCGUUCAUUCAAGGAUUUCAGUUUCUUCAAGCAUGGAGGCUCAGCAUCACAUAUGGGCCAUCUGUAUUCAAAUACAGCCUAUCUAGUAACACCCACGCCUCCAUACUGACACCCACCAAGGCAUUUUGAUAUUUGCAUAACUCCUCCCACUGCUUGCAUCAGGGCUGAGGGCUCUUG